CCCUGCGUCAGAGAAAGCCCGAACGAGAUUCUGCAAACUUCCCUGAGCAAAUUAAAAGCCCCGGUGUCGAAUUAAGGCGGCCGAAGAGAGGGAGCGAGGCGCGCGCUCAGACUUGAAAACUUCCUCGAGUCGGCAGGCGGGUGGCAGGCGGGCGCGCGCUCUCUUCCCUUCUCCCGGGAGCCGGAGCCCUCGCGCGCUCGCCUUGCAACCCCUCCCUCGCGCGCCGCCUCUCUUUCUCCUUCCUCCCCCCCCCCAGGCCCGCUUCGGGACGCCUCCCGGAGGGGGGCCGCUGCCUCAGAGCCCAGCGCCUCUUUAAAACUUCAUUCCGAAAAAGUCCUCCAAUAAGCAACAGCCGCCGCCGCCGCCGCCGCCGCCUGGCCUUUCCAAGGCUGCGGUUGACGGGGCAGUGCCAACCUCAACUCUGCCCUUUCUGCCGUCCUGAGAGGCGCCGGGUGGCAUAAGCGGGACGUUGGACCGAGAGAGAGAGACCACCUCUACCUCUUCUGCCUUCCCCCGCCUUCGCCUUGGGCGAAAGCGGAUGCCCGGCGGUGAUCCUGUUAACUCCGAGCCGCUUCGUGCCUCCAGAGCCAGCCGACGGAGUGAAAGAGAAACUCGGGCUCUGCUUCCAGCCGCAGCGCACGCAGAAUGAAAUCGGCCGAGGAAGAACAUUAUAACUAUGCAUCUUCAAAUAUAAAUUCAACUUUGCCUCUAAAUGUGGCACAUUCUUCACUGCCAACUCCAUGUCACGGCCUUCAAACGUCUAUUCCAGUCAUUCCAAAUGUCUCAUCAGCUAAUCAUCUUUCAGGUUAUGGAGGGCAUGCUGACAAUAGCACUGCUGGAUAUUAUUUGCCUCCAAGUGUCAGACCUAAUGGAGUGCCAGCAUUAGAAAGUCCUAGAAUUGAAAUAACCACCUACUUAGGACUGCAUCAAAACAACAACCAGUUCUUCCAUGAAGCGGAGGUUGAUGAAUCCACCCAAAACACCAAGAGAUCGCCUUCUACUGCUACUUUGAAUUUACCAAACAUUGAGGCUUACAGGGACCCAUCUUGUCUGAGCCCAGCCAGUAGCCUGUCUUCCAGAAGUUGCAAUUCAGAAGCGUCUUCCUAUGAAUCAAAUUAUUCCUAUCCUUAUACUUCACCCCAGACAUCUCCUUGGCAAUCGCCAUGCGUAUCACCCAAGACCAAUGAAACUGAGGAGAGGUAUCAGCGAAGUUUAGUUCCCUGCACGCUCCUUAAUUCACCCCGACAUUCUCCUUCCACGUCUCCCAGAACAAGUAUUACUGAAGAAAACUGGCUGAGCUCUCGCAACUCCAGGCCAUCCUCUCCCUGUAAUAAGAGAAAAUACAGUUUGAAUGGCAGACAGACAUCCUACUCUCCACAUCACUCCCCAACCCCUUCUCCCCAAAAUUCUCCGAGGGUUAGUGUGACUGAUGAGACAUGGUUGGGAAACACUAACCAAUAUACCAGUUCAGCCAUUGUUGCAGCAAUUAAUGCCCUCACUACUGACAGCACAAUAGAUAUGAAUGAUGGAAUUCCUAUCAAGUCUAGGAAAACUGCAGUAGAUCACACUCCCUCCAUGGCACUCAAGACCGAACCUAGUGGAGAUGAUCAAGGGACCAUAUCACCGAUUACCGAUUUAUCACCAGAAGAGUUUCCUGGGUUCCAGCACAUCAGAAAAGGAAGCUUCUGUGAUCAGUAUCUUUCAGUUCCACAGUAUCCCUAUCAGUGGGCCAAAUCAAAGCCUUUGUCCCCAACAUCAUACAUGAGCCCAUCUCUGCCUGCCUUGGAUUGGCAGUUGCCAUCUCACUCAGGACCUUAUGAACUUCGGAUUGAAGUGCAGCCGAAGUCCCAUCACCGAGCCCAUUAUGAGACGGAAGGCAGUCGAGGAGCUGUCAAGGCGUCUGCUGGGGGACAUCCAGUGGUGCAGCUACAUGGUUACUUAGAAAGUGAACCACUCACACUACAGCUCUUCAUUGGGACUGCAGAUGACCGCCUGCUGCGGCCCCAUGCCUUCUACCAGGUUCAUCGGAUCACAGGGAAGACUGUUUCCACAACCAGCCACGAAACCAUACUUUCCAACACCAAAGUCUUGGAAAUUCCACUUUUACCUGAAAACAACAUGAAAGCAAUCAUUGACUGUGCUGGAAUACUGAAACUUAGAAAUUCAGACAUUGAACUAAGAAAAGGAGAAACUGACAUUGGGAGGAAAAAUACACGAGUUCGACUGGUCUUCCGUAUUCAUAUCCCUCAACCUAAUGGGAGAACCCUUUCUUUGCAAGCGUCUUCCAACCCUAUUGAAUGUUCCCAAAGGUCUGCCCAGGAACUGCCUCUGGUUGAAAAGCAGAGCUUUGAUAGCUACCAUGUGAUGGGUGGAAAGAAAAUAAUUCUGAGCGGACACAACUUUCUUCAAGAUUCUAAAGUGAUAUUUGUGGAGAAGGCUCCAGAUGGUCAUCAUGUGUGGGAAAUGGAAGCCAAAACUGACAAAGAGUUGUGUAAGCCAACUUUAUUAGUUGCUGAGAUUCCACCAUUCCGCAAUCAGAGAAUUACAAGUCCUGUCCAAGUCAAUUUCUAUGUCUGCAAUGGAAAGAGAAAGAGAAGCCAGUACCAACUAUUCACCUAUCUUCCUGCUAAUGUUCCAAUUAUAAAAACAGAACCCUCUGAUGAUUACGACUCUGCUCAAACCUGUGGACCAAGGAGCCAUGGAUUAAGCCCUCUCUCCAAACCAUAUUACAGCCAGCAGAUCAUGAUGCCUCCUGAUCCUGGCUCGUGCCUUGUAGCUGGCUUCGCUUCCUGUCAGCAGAGAAACACUGUGAUGUCAUCAUCUCCCAGCUCUAGUCCUAAGCUGCAUGACCUUUCCUCUCCUGCUUACAAGUGCAUCACCAACCCAGGCCAUAAUCAUCUAGGACUUCAGCAGACGGCUGGAGGUGUCCCCACCAUACAGGAAGUGCCAAGGUCUAUUGUUGUGCACCCAAGCUCUCCCGAUCAGUCAUCUCACAUCAUGCUGCAGCCGCAGGUGAGUCAACAUCUGAGCAGUACCUGUUCCCUUGGUAAUCAACAAGCACUCUAUCCCAACAGUCCCUCCUCUCCAGUUCCAUCUGUAACCCAGGAGUCAACCUAUUUGCAGUCCUGCAGUCCAACUCAUUCAACUGUAAUGGGCCAACAGCAGCUGUCGAAUGUUCAAAGAAAUGAAACUCCAGCAAAUCAGCCACAGUCAUUGACCGACUUGCAUGAGGACAAUAAUCAUAAUUUGGCCCCUAUGCCCGUAACAGUCAAGCAAGAACCUGAAGAAUUGGACCAGUUAUACCUGGAUGAUGUAAAUGAGAUUAUAAGGAAUGAUCUUUCUAGCACCCAUGUCCACUAACAAGUGGUGAGCAAGAAGUUUAGCUGAGAUACCUACAUCAAAUAAUUGGAAGAUAAUCCCCGGUACCUUUCUGGUCUUCCGUUUUGUUGACUGUUUGGAGCUGACAAUUACCUCUUCUCUUUGUCUAUGCAUAUAUAUAUAUAUAAAGGAACUGGUUGACUUCAGCUAAGAAAUGCCUCCUUUUAAAAAUCAUCUCAAGGAAAAUGUUGGAAAUGAGUACAGCGUGGAGUAUUUUAUGGUUAAAAUAGAAAAUGUGAUCAAACUGAUAACCAAUCUCAAAAACUGAUUUUGUUUCUUUCGGGCUCUACUGGACAACAACCCUGGAAGUGCCUUAUUUUGUUAGUUUGUGACAUCAGGGAAUUGUAUUGGCAGUGUUGAAGUCGUUGCCAUCCAAAGUAUUUCUAGGCACAGAAACUGUCAAUUGGUAUAGAUAGAAGAAUCCUCUUGAAAGUGAAAUGAUGUGUCUGAAUUCCAGGUGUGUUUUUUUCCCCUGUUUUCUCUCUUGAACUGUAUUUGACAUCCUGCUGCCUUAUUCAUGGUGCAUUUUAAACCAAAUUCUCAUCUCAGCUGUACAUUUCCAGCCUGUCACAUUUCUUUGCUUAGGUAUUGUAGAACAGUUAGUAAUACUAGCAUGUCAAUAUUUUGACUCUUUGGUUUCAGCAUAGCACAAGGUAACUGAGCAGCACAAAAUAUUAAGGUUGAUGGACAAAAACAUUUGGGGGAAAAAACCCUAACUUUUGCUCCACGGAUUGAUGUAUAUGCAUGUAGCAACCUAGCAUAUACGCAUACACACAAUACAAUAUAUAUUGUGUAUGUGUGUGUGUGUGUGUGUGUGUGUUCACAUACACAAACAUAAUAUGUUUAGUAUAUUUAGUUGCCUUUUGAAGGUUUUGAAUUUAGCAAUAAUUUCUUCUUCUAUGAAUGCAGUCCAGAUCCCAAGAAAUGCCAUUGCUAUGUUGUGGAGUUGUUUUGUUUCAGGCAGUUAUGUCCUUUUUUUUUUCUUUUGUCUCACGCUGAUAAGCAAGCACUUUAGACAGUGAAGAAGGAUGUGUAUGAAAUAUGUAUUAAUUCCCAAAUGACAAAGAAUGAGUUAAAGCCAUUGUAAAUACCGCUACUGAAGAAUGUAAAAUAUUUGUUCAGUUAUAAGAUGAUUAUUCCACUGAAGCCUUAUAACUCUCUGCUAAAUGUACAACACAUAUUACCAAAACCAAAUGUUUUAAUAUGCAACCUGUAUAUCAUGAUUUCGGAAUACAGUAGUUUCAUGUUAAUAGAUACAAAUAAACUUAAACAAGUAAUAAUAGUGUUUAACAUUGUAUUUUGUACAAUCAUGUUACCAUGUAGCUAGUAUAUUCAUUCACAUAAACAGAAAAAGCAUGGCUUCAUUUUUAAAGCAUCUAACAUUAAUAUUGUGCCUUAGGAAAUAUGUGUGACCUAUGCCACAGUAAUAUAAGUGGCAACUAAGUGCAGUGUACAGUUAAUGGAAACUCAACCGGUUUCACAAAAGGGUGAAACAAUCCUAACUAUUUAGAAAUAUUACUCUGUACAAUUAUGUCUUACUUCCUUUUUUAGAAAAAAAAAAAGCCAUAUUUGUAACAUUUGCACAUUACUGUGAAAGUAUAAGGAUAUAAUAUGGCUGUAUGUAAAUAUUAUGUUAGUUGGCUGAUUUUGCAACUGUUUAGCAAAUCAUUUAUCUUGUACUUAGCUUUGUAGGAGAUGCAUGCAUAUCUUCUAAAUGUGAUAUCAUGUAUAGCUACAGCUAAACUUGUAGCUGGAAAAAAAAUCCAAUAAAGCACAACUUUCUGCAAAAAGCUA